CGGAGCGGGCGGCCGGGCGCGGAGGAGCCGAGCGGCCCCGUGGAGGGCGAGGGGCCGGGCCGGGGCAGCGGCGGCGGAGCUGCCGGUCCUACAUGAUGAGAGAUUUUGGGGUGCUUCUCUCUCCUCUGUGUAGUUGAUAGUUUGGGUGGUGAAGAGAUGGCUGACAGUGUCAAAACAUUUCUCCAGGACCUUGCCAGGGGAAUCAAAGACUCCAUAUGGGGUAUUUGCACCAUCUCAAAGUUAGAUGCUCGAAUCCAGCAAAAGAGAGAGGAGCAGCGCCGAAGAAGGGCAAGCAGUGUCCUGGCACAGAGGAGAGCCCAGAGCACGGAGCGGAAGCAAGAGAGUGAGCCACGUAUUGUUAGUAGAAUUUUCCAGUGUUGUGCUUGGAAUGGUGGAGUGUUCUGGUGUAGUCUCCUCUUGUUUUAUCGAAUGUUUAUUCCUGGGCUUCAGUAUGUAACAGCCCUAAUUAUCGGUGAUCCAUCACUGCAUGGAGUUUUUUGGUCCUGGCUGGAAUUCUUCCUCACAUCCAUUUUCAGCGCUCUGUGGGUGCUCCCCCUGUUUGUGCUGAGCAAAGUCGUGAAUGCCAUUUGGUUUCAGGAUAUAGCUGACCUGGCAUUUGAGGUAUCAGGGAGGAGGCCCCAUCCAUUCCCUAGUGUCAGUAAAAUAAUUGCUGACAUGCUGUUCAACCUUCUGUUGCAGGCUCUUUUCCUUAUCCAGGGAAUGUUCGUGAGCCUUUUUCCUAUUCAUCUUGUUGGUCAGCUGGUUAGUCUCCUUCAUAUGUCCCUUCUGUACUCACUGUAUUGCUUUGAAUAUCGUUGGUUCAAUAAAGGAAUUGAAAUGCACCAACGGUUGUCAAACAUAGAAAGGAACUGGCCUUACUACUUUGGGUUUGGUUUGCCGUUGGCUUUUCUCACGGCAAUGCAGUCCUCAUACAUUAUCAGUGGCUGCCUCUUCUCUAUCCUCUUUCCUUUAUUCAUUAUCAGCGCCAAUGAAGCAAAGACCCCUGGAAAAGCAUACCUCUUCCAGUUGCGACUCUUCUCCUUGGUGGUCUUCUUAAGCAACCGACUCUUCCACAAGACCGUGUACCUGCAGUCUGCCCUGAGCAGCUCAACCUCUGCAGAGACGAUCCCUUCGCCACAUCCAUCUCCUGCCAAACCGAAAGCUGCUGCAGGCCACUGAGCUGCCUGCCACCCAGAGGGGAUGGGUGGGAGUUGAGGGAGGCUGCCAGGGGCCUUCUGCAUAUUCCCUUCUCUCUGAAGAAUUGGAAGGUUUGUCUCCGGUGCACAUAAGGCAGAAUCUUCCUGACACCAGUGUGUGGUUUCUUAACAGCGCCUGAGUCUGAAAGGACCACAGGUUUUUCUGCAGCUAUUUUCUAGCCUUUGCCAUCCCCUGUGCCUGGAUUUUGUUUUCUCCCUGUGCCAUUUACCCUCCUACUUUCCUGCCUUCCACCACCCUGGGAUGAAUGGGUUUUGUAAUUCUAGCUGUUGUAUUUUGUGGAUUUGUUAUUUUUGUUGUUUUUCUGUGAAGCACAUACAUUGGAUGUGGGAGGUAAAGGAGGAUCUCAGUUGCUCCUGGUCACUCCUUUUAUAGCCAUCACUGUCUUGUUUCUUGUAACUCAGGUUAGGAUUUGGUCUCUCUUGCUCUACUGCAAAAAAAAAAAAAAAAAGAAAAAAAGAAAAAGAAAAAUUAAAAGAGCCUGAAGAGAUGAAGAGAUAGAUGGGACAGGAGGAAAGACCUCACAGCCCAAUCUGCUAGGUUUUGGAGUGAUUUUUUUCUUCCCCUUGAAGGGGAAAAUCACUGGUACAUUAAAACCCCUCAAUUAUGGGGAGGUACCAAUUUUGGCAAGUGCCACUGCAACAUGAUACUCAGAGACCUGAACUUUUAAACUCUGGGGGAACAGAAAUUUAUUGUUGGCCCCUGCCGGGUCUGUCUGGUAUUGCAGAGGAAUAUUGGGUGCUGCAAAUAGGAACUGAAGGGGUUAAACUUAUUAAACCCAUGAAAUCCUAUGAUUGGUUGGUAUUUUCCUGUCAUCAGAGACUAAAUAUGGGGGAAAUGUCAAAAUACUUGUACAAUUUUAAAAUUUCACAAUUAAACGUGAGCUGGUUUCCCACAAA